UGCGGGCCGGAGGCCAUGGACGUGAAGGAGAGGAAGCCAUACCGCUCGCUGACCCGGCGCCGCGACGCCGAGCGCCGCUACACCAGCUCGUCCGCGGACAGCGAGGAGGGCAAGGCCCCGCAGAAGUCCUACAGCUCCAGCGAGACCCUGAAGGCCUACGACCAGGACGCCCGGCUCGCUUACGGCAGCCGCAUCAAGGACAUGGUGCCACAGGAGGCCGAGGAGUUCUGCCGCACAGGAGCCAACUUUACCCUGCGUGAGCUGGGGCUGGGGGAGGUGACACCCCCGCAUGGGACCCUGUACCGCACAGACAUCGGCCUCCCCCACUGCGGCUACUCCUUGGGGGCCAGCUCUGAUGCCGACAUGGAGGCUGACACCGUGCUGUCCCCUGAGCACCCUGUGCGACUGUGGGGCCGGAGCACACGAUCGGGCCGCAGCUCCUGCCUGUCCAGCCGGGCCAACUCCAACCUCACGCUCACCGACACCGAGCACGAGAACACUGAGACCGGUGCUCCCUUGCAUUGUUCAUCCGCUUCAUCAACCCCUAUUGAGCAGUCCCCCUCCCCGCCCCCCUCCCCUCCGGCCAAUGAGAGCCAGAGGCGGUUGCUAGGCAACGGUGUGGCCCAGCCAACCCCGGACUCAGACUCUGAGGAAGAGUUUGUCCCUAAUUCAUUCUUAGUUAAAAGUGGCUCCGCCAGCCUGGGGGUCGCAGCGAACGAUCACCCAGGCGGCCUGCAGAACCACUCGCGGCUCCGGACUCCGCCUCCUCCACUCUCGCACGCCCACACCCCCAACCAGCACCACGCCGCCUCCAUUAACUCCCUGAACCGGGGCAACUUCACUCCGAGGAGCAACCCCAGCCCGGCCCCCACGGACCACUCGCUCUCCGGAGAGCCCCCUGCCUGCGGCGCCCAGGAGCCGGCCCACGCCCAGGACAACUGGCUGCUCAACAGCAACAUUCCCCUGGAGACCAGAAACCUAGGCAAGCAGCCAUUCCUAGGGACAUUGCAGGACAACCUCAUUGAGAUGGACAUUCUCAGCGCCUCCCGCCAUGAUGGGGCUUACAGUGACGGGCACUUCCUCUUCAAGCCAGGAGGCACCUCCCCGCUCUUCUGCACCACCUCACCAGGGUACCCUCUGACUUCCAGCACAGUGUACUCUCCUCCACCCCGGCCCCUGCCUCGCAGCACCUUCUCCCGGCCCGCCUUCAACCUCAAGAAGCCCUCCAAGUACUGCAACUGGAAGUGUGCCGCUCUGAGCGCCAUCGUCAUCUCGGCCACGCUAGUCAUCCUGCUGGCAUACUUUGUGGCCAUGCACCUGUUUGGCCUAAACUGGCACCUGCAGCCGAUGGAGGGGCAGAUGUAUGAGAUCACGGAGGACACAGCCAGCAGUUGGCCUGUGCCAACGGACGUCUCCCUGUAUCCCUCAGGGGGCACUGGGUUAGAGAUCCCUGACAGGAAAGGCAAAGGAGCCACAGAAGGAAAGCCCAGUAGUUUCUUUCCAGAGGACAGUUUCAUAGACUCUGGAGAAAUUGACGUGGGGAGACGGGCUUCCCAGAAGAUUCCUCCUGGCACUUUCUGGAGGACUCAGGUGUUCAUAGACCAUCCUGUGCAUCUGAAAUUCAAUGUCUCUCUGGGAAAGGCGGCUCUGGUUGGCAUUUAUGGCAGAAAAGGCCUCCCUCCUUCACAUACACAGUUUGACUUUGUGGAGCUGCUGGAUGGAAGGAGGCUCCUGACCCAGGAAGCCCGGAGCCUGGAGGGGCCCCAGCGCCAGUCCCGGGGAGUCGUUCCUCCCUCCAGCCACGAGACCGGCUUCAUCCAGUAUUUGGAUUCGGGCAUCUGGCACCUGGCUUUUUACAACGACGGGAAGGAGCCCGAAGUGGUUUCUUUUCUCACCACUGCCAUUGAAUCGGUGGAAAACUGCCCCAGCAACUGCUAUGGCAACGGCGACUGCAUCUCGGGGACCUGCCACUGCUUCCUGGGCUUCCUGGGCCCUGACUGCGGCAGAGCCUCCUGCCCCGUGCUCUGUAGUGGGAACGGCCAGUACAUGAAGGGCCGGUGCCUGUGCCACAGCGGCUGGAAGGGCGCCGAAUGCGAUGUGCCCACCAACCAGUGCAUCGAUGUGGCCUGCAGCCACCAUGGCACCUGCAUCAUGGGCACCUGCAUCUGCAACCCCGGCUACAAGGGCGAGAACUGUGAGGAAGUGGACUGCAUGGAUCCCACAUGUUCUGGCCGGGGUGUCUGUGUGAGAGGCGAGUGCCACUGCUCCGUGGGAUGGGGAGGAACCAACUGUGAGACGCCCAGGGCCACGUGCUUGGACCAGUGUUCGGGCCACGGAACCUUCCUUCCAGACACCGGGCUUUGCAGCUGUGACCCGAGCUGGACUGGACACGACUGUUCCAUAGAGAUCUGUGCUGCCGACUGUGGUGGCCACGGCGUGUGCGUGGGGGGCACCUGCCGCUGCGAGGAUGGCUGGAUGGGGGCAGCCUGUGACCAGCGGGCGUGCCACCCGCGCUGUGCCGAGCACGGGACCUGCCGCGACGGCAAGUGUGAAUGCAGCCCCGGCUGGAACGGCGAGCACUGCACCAUCGAGGGUUGCCCUGGGUUGUGCAAUGGCAACGGCAGAUGCACCUUGGACCUGAAUGGCUGGCACUGCGUCUGCCAGCUGGGCUGGAGAGGAGCUGGCUGCGACACGUCCAUGGAGACUGCCUGCGGUGACAGCAAAGACAACGAUGGAGAUGGCUUGGUGGACUGCAUGGACCCCGACUGCUGCCUCCAGCCUCUCUGUCAUGUCAACCCACUGUGCCUGGGCUCCCCGGACCCACUGGACAUCAUCCAGGAGACACAGGCGCCUGUGUCCCAGCAGAACCUGCACUCCUUCUACGACCGCAUCAAGUUCCUUGUGGGCAGGGACAGUACACACAUCAUCCCCGGGGAGAACCCCUUUGAUGGAGGGCAUGCAUGUGUUAUUCGUGGUCAAGUGAUGACAUCAGAUGGGACCCCACUGGUUGGUGUGAACAUCAGUUUCGUCAAUAACCCUCUCUUCGGAUACACAAUCAGCAGGCAAGAUGGCAGCUUUGACUUGGUCACAAAUGGUGGCAUCUCCAUCAUCCUGCGGUUUGAGCGGGCACCUUUCAUCACCCAGGAGCACACCCUCUGGCUGCCCUGGGAUCGCUUCUUCGUCAUGGAAACCAUCGUCAUGCGACACGAAGAGAACGAGAUUCCCAGCUGCGACCUGAGCAACUUUGCCCGCCCCAACCCUAUUGUAUCUCCAUCUCCGCUGACCUCCUUCGCCAGCUCCUGUGCAGAGAAAGGCCCCAUCGUCCCGGAAAUUCAGGCUUUGCAAGAAGAAAUCACUAUCUCUGGCUCCAAGAUGAGGCUGAGUUACCUGAGCAGCCGGACCCCUGGCUACAAGUCUGUCCUGAGAAUCAGCCUCACGCAUCCUACCAUCCCCUUCAACCUCAUGAAGGUCCACCUCAUGGUGGCGGUUGAGGGCCGCCUCUUCAGGAAGUGGUUUGCUGCAGCCCCGGACCUGUCCUACUAUUUCAUCUGGGACAAGACAGAUGUCUACAACCAGAAGGUGUUCGGGCUCUCGGAAGCCUUCGUUUCCGUGGGUUACGAGUAUGAGUCCUGCCCAGACCUGAUCCUGUGGGAGAAAAGGACAGCCGUGCUGCAGGGCUAUGAGAUCGACGCUUCCAAGCUGGGGGGAUGGAGCCUGGACAAACAUCACGCCCUCAACAUCCAAAGUGGCAUCCUGCACAAAGGGAAUGGGGAGAACCAGUUCGUGUCUCAGCAGCCCCCCGUCAUCGGGAGCAUCAUGGGCAACGGGCGCCGGAGAAGCAUCUCCUGCCCCAGCUGCAACGGCCUUGCUGACGGCAACAAGCUCCUGGCCCCCGUGGCCCUGGCGUGCGGCUCCGACGGCAGCCUCUACGUGGGAGAUUUCAACUACAUCCGCAGGAUCUUCCCCUCGGGGAACGCCACCAACAUCCUGGAGCUGAGAAAUAAAGAUUUCAGACAUAGUCACAGUCCAGCGCAUAAAUACUACCUGACUACAGACCCCAUGAGCGGGGCCGUCUUCCUGUCCGACACCAACAGCCGACGGGUCUUUAGGAUCAAGUCCACCACGGUGGUGAAGGACCUUGUCAAGAACUCCGAGGUGGUUGCGGGGACAGGGGACCAGUGCCUCCCCUUCGAUGACACGCGCUGCGGGGAUGGUGGGAAGGCCACAGAAGCCACGCUUACCAACCCCAGGGGCAUCACAGUGGACAAGUCCGGGCUGAUUUACUUCGUGGACGGCACCAUGAUCAGGCGCAUCGAUCAGAAUGGGGUCAUCUCCACCCUCCUGGGCUCCAAUGACCUUACCUCGGCCCGGCCCCUCAGCUGUGAUUCUGUCAUGGAUAUUUCCCAGGUUCGCUUGGAGUGGCCCACAGACUUAGCCAUCAACCCGAUGGACAACUCCCUCUAUGUCCUCGACAACAACGUGGUCCUGCAGAUCUCCGAAAACCACCAGGUGCGCAUUGUCGCGGGGAGGCCCAUGCACUGCCAGGUGCCCGGCAUCGACCACUUCCUGCUGAGCAGGGUGGCCAUCCAUGCCACCCUGGAGUCCGCCACCGCCUUGGCUGUCUCUCACAACGGAGUCCUGUAUAUCGCUGAGACCGAUGAGAAGAAGAUCAACCGAAUCAGGCAGGUCACCACUGGCGGAGAGAUCUCGCUAGUUGCCGGGGCCCCCAGUGGCUGUGACUGUAAAAAUGAUGCCAACUGUGAUUGUUUCUCUGGAGAUGACGGUUAUGCCAAGGAUGCAAAGCUGAAUACCCCAUCCUCCCUGGCCGUAUGUGCUGACGGGGAGCUCUAUGUGGCCGACCUCGGGAAUAUCCGAAUUCGGUUUAUCAGGAAGAACAAACCUUUCCUCAACAACCAGAACAUGUAUGAGCUGUCCUCACCCAUCGACCAGGAGCUCUACCUGUUUGAUACCAGUGGCAAACACCUGUACACGCAGAGUCUGCCCACAGGGGAUUACCUAUACAACUUCACCUACACUGGGGAUGGUGACAUCACACUCAUCACAGACAACAAUGGCAACAUGGUGAACGUCCGCCGAGACUCUACUGGGAUGCCCCUCUGGCUGGUGGUCCCAGAUGGCCAGGUGUACUGGGUCACCAUGGGCACCAACAGUGCACUCAGAAGUGUGACUACACAAGGACAUGAGUUGGCCAUGAUGACAUACCAUGGGAACUCCGGCCUUCUGGCAACGAAAAGCAAUGAAAAUGGAUGGACAACAUUUUAUGAGUACGACAGCUUUGGCCGCCUGACAAACGUGACCUUCCCUACUGGCCAGGUGAGCAGUUUCCGAAGUGAUACAGACAGCUCAGUGCAUGUCCAGGUAGAGACCUCCAGCAAAGAUGAUGUCACCAUCACCACCAACCUGUCUGCCUCAGGUGCCUUCUAUACACUGCUGCAAGACCAGGUCCGGAACAGCUACUACAUUGGGGCAGACGGCUCCCUGCGGCUGCUGCUGGCCAACGGCAUGGAGGUGGCCCUGCAGACAGAGCCCCACCUGCUGGCCGGCACCGUCAACCCCACGGUGGGCAAGAGGAACGUCACGCUGCCCAUCGACAACGGCCUCAACCUGGUGGAGUGGCGGCAGCGCAAGGAGCAGGCUCGGGGCCAGGUCACCGUCUUCGGGCGCCGGCUGCGGGUUCACAAUCGGAACCUCCUGUCUCUGGACUUCGACCGCGUGACACGCACAGAGAAGAUCUAUGAUGACCACCGCAAGUUCACCCUCCGGAUCCUGUACGACCAGGCAGGACGGCCCAGCCUCUGGUCACCCAGCAGCAGGCUGAACGGCGUCAACGUGACAUACUCCCCGGGAGGCCACAUCGCCGGCAUUCAGAGAGGCAUCAUGUCUGAGAGGAUGGAAUAUGACCAGGCGGGUCGCAUCACGUCCAGGAUCUUUGCUGAUGGGAAGACGUGGAGCUACACGUACUUGGAGAAGUCCAUGGUGCUGCUCCUCCACAGCCAGAGGCAGUACAUCUUUGAGUUUGACAAGAACGACCGCCUCUCCUCCGUGACAAUGCCCAACGUGGCCCGGCAGACGUUAGAGACCAUUCGCUCAGUGGGCUACUACCGGAACAUCUACCAGCCCCCCGAGGGCAAUGCCUCGGUCAUCCAGGACUUCACCGAGGACGGGCACCUCCUCCACACCUUCUACUUGGGCACCGGCCGCAGGGUGAUAUACAAGUAUGGCAAGCUGUCCAAGCUGGCCGAGAUGCUGUACGACACCACCAGAGUGAGUUUCACCUACGACGAGACAGCAGGCAUGCUGAAGACCGUCAACCUGCAGAACGAGGGCUUCACCUGCACCAUCCGCUACCGUCAGAUCGGGCCCCUGAUCGACCGCCAGAUCUUCCGCUUCACCGAGGAAGGCAUGGUCAAUGCUCGUUUUGACUACAACUAUGACAACAGUUUCCGGGUGACCAGCAUGCAGGCCAUGAUCAACGAGACCCCACUGCCCAUCGAUCUUUAUCGCUAUGACGACGUGUCGGGCAAGACAGAGCAGUUCGGGAAGUUUGGUGUCAUCUACUAUGACAUCAACCAAAUCAUCACCACCGCGGUCAUGACCCACACCAAGCACUUCGACGCAUACGGGCGGAUGAAGGAGGUGCAAUAUGAGAUUUUCCGCUCACUCAUGUACUGGAUGACCGUCCAGUAUGACAACAUGGGGCGAGUAGUGAAGAAGGAGCUGAAGGUGGGACCCUAUGCCAACACCACCCGCUACUCUUAUGAGUACGACGCUGAUGGCCAGCUACAGACCGUCUCCAUCAAUGACAAGCCACUCUGGCGAUAUAGCUAUGACCUGAAUGGGAACCUGCACUUACUGAGCCCUGGGAACAGUGCACGGCUGACCCCACUACGGUACGACCUCCGAGACCGCAUCACUAGACUAGGUGACGUGCAGUACAGGAUGGAUGAGGAUGGCUUCCUGAGGCAGCGGGGUGGUGAUGUCUUUGAGUACAACUCCGCUGGCCUGCUCGUCAAGGCCUACAACCGGGCUGGCGGCUGGAGUGUCAGGUACCGCUACGAUGGCCUGGGGCGGCGGGUGUCCAGCAAGAGCAGCCACAGCCACCACCUGCAGUUCUUCUAUGCAGAUCUGACCAACCCCACCAAGGUCACCCACCUGUACAACCACUCCAGCUCUGAGAUCACGUCCCUCUACUACGACCUGCAAGGACACCUCUUUGCCAUGGAGCUGAGCAGCGGCGAUGAGUUUUACAUAGCUUGUGACAACAUCGGGACCCCUCUUGCUGUCUUCAGCGGAACGGGCUUGAUGAUCAAGCAGGUCCUGUACACGGCCUAUGGGGAGAUCUACAUGGACACCAACCCCAACUUCCAGAUCAUUAUCGGCUACCACGGUGGCCUCUAUGACCCGCUCACCAAGCUCGUCCACAUGGGCCGACGGGAUUAUGAUGUGCUGGCCGGUCGCUGGACGAGCCCGGACCACGAGCUGUGGAAGCACCUUAGCAGCAGCAACAUCAUGCCUUUUAAUCUCUAUAUGUUCAAAAACAACAACCCCAUCAGCAACUCUCAGGACAUCAAAUGCUUCAUGACAGAUGUCAACAGCUGGCUGCUCACCUUUGGAUUUCAGCUUCACAAUGUGAUUCCUGGCUAUCCCAAGCCAGACAUGGAUGCCAUGGAACCAUCCUAUGAGCUCGUCCACACACAGAUGAAAACUCAGGAGUGGGACAACAGCAAGUCUAUCCUCGGGGUACAGUGCGAAGUGCAGAAACAGCUCAAGGCCUUCGUCACCCUAGAACGUUUCGACCAGCUCUAUGGCUCAACAGUCACCAGCUGCCAACAGGCCCCUAAGACCAAGACAUUUGCAUCCAGUGGCUCUGUCUUCGGCAAGGGGGUCAAGUUUGCGUUGAAGGACGGCCGAGUGACCACAGACAUCAUUAGUGUGGCCAACGAGGAUGGGCGGAGGAUUGCCGCCAUCCUGAACAACGCCCACUACCUGGAGAACCUGCACUUCACCAUCGACGGGGUGGACACCCACUACUUCGUGAAGCCAGGGCCUUCGGAAGGUGACCUGGCCAUCCUGGGCCUCAGUGGGGGGCGGCGAACCCUGGAGAACGGGGUCAACGUCACCGUGUCCCAGAUGAACACGAUGCUCAACGGCAGGACUAGACGCUACACAGACAUUCAGCUCCAGUUCGGGGCACUGUGCUUGCACGCCCGCUACGGGACGACGCUGGAUGAGGAGAAGGCGCGGGUGCUGGAGCUGGCCCGGCAGAGAGCCGUGCGCCAGGCGUGGGCCCGCGAGCGGCAGCGACUCCGGGAGGGGGAGGAGGGCCUGCGGGCCUGGACGGAGGGGGAGAAGCAGCAGGCACUGACCACAGGGCGGGUUCAAGGCUAUGAUGGCUUCUUUGUGAUCUCUGUCGAGCAGUACCCGGAACUGUCAGACAGCGCCAACAACAUCCACUUCAUGAGACAGAGUGAGAUGGGCCGAAGGUGACAGAGAGGACCGUGGCCUGGACUUCUUGCCAAAGACAGCUACUCUUUUGUGGCCGCACACCUGACUGUGUUGUACUUUAAAAAAAACAAAACAAAACAAAAAAAAAAACUUUUUUUAACAAGUGCAGAAAAGAAACAAAAAAAAAAGAUACUGGUUGCAUUGUAACUCAUGCAACAUCCUUUUUUUAAAGAACAGAAAAGAAAAACACAAAAUUGGCCUUCAUACAUUUUUUGCAAAGAUCAGAAGGUAUUUUUUUUCUGUAGUGUGAUCACAAUGAAAACUUUAUUGUCUUUUGUUCCCUUUUCCUUGAGGAGUUUUCCUUGUUGUUUGGGGUACAUUUCUCCUCUCAGAUGCAUCUCCUAGGGUGCGUCCUUGUCUGUCCCCCGGUACCCAGUGUGAUGUGAGACAUGAAUGUCUGUGCUAACUUGUCUCAUGUGCAACCCUUUCCUCCAUGGGGGUCGGGCAGGAGCAAGGGGUGCAGGUAACAGGCCAGUAACAAACCUCUGAGGGGGCCUGGAAGGAGGGUCCGCAGACCUGAGGAUCCCUGGCUAAGCUCCCGCAGACACGUGAUGGCUUUUUAUUCACUGUGUCCCAUGCCUCUGGUGGACCACAGAUGGCUUCAUCUUUCUCCGGGGAGUUUCAUGAUGCCAUCCAGCACCUCUUUCGAGCUGCCCCAGACUCCUGUUCAAGCUUUAUAUUUUGAUGCUAAAUGAAACCCCUUACCCCUUUUGCAAAUCCUGUGUAGUCGUUGAUGCCACCCUCAUGCUGGGAAGGAGAAAGUGUCUCCCAGGUCCUUUCCCCCAGGCUGGUGACAUAACAUCCUGGGGCUGAGAGCCUCGUCCUCCCCAAGAUGCAGAGGCACCCGGGAUGGCUGUGGCUGCUUGGUCCUCCUACGAUACUCCUUAUUCAUCUCCUCUUCUCUCCCAAAGUCAGAUGUGAGAACCAGCACUGCGCAGCAAGCCCGCAGCGUGGCACCGUGUCCAGGGAGGGGAAGGCCACCCGUGGCAAAGAGAUGGCAGUGGUGGCAAGGGCACCAGCCUGCCUUCCUAGGUGAAGCCCUCUCCCCAUGGCCGGUCAUCCCCCUCCACUGCUCGGCUGCCACCACUGAGAAGUAGGAGUGUGGA